UUUUGUUUUUUUUGAUAAUAUCAAUUCAAUUGUUGAAACGCACAACGCUCGAGUCUCGAGCCAAAAAUCAUGCAUUUCCGAUCUCUUAAUGAUCUCUGACAGAGAUUCUUUGUUGUUAGUGGUUUUUUUUUCUUUAUACCAUAUUCAAUAUGUGAGAUUUAUGUAAUUUUUUUUAAUAAUUCCGACUGUGUGCAGUAUUGUAAAUAAUUGUUAAUAAAAUCUGUUAGAAAUUAACCAUGUUUCGAACAAAAAAGUUAGUCAAGCCCGAAAACUUACACUCUUUGGAAUAUUUAAAAUACAUUUACACGGUAUUGAAUAAAAACCAAUUGGUAAACGAUGCAAAUAAAAUUUUAAUAGUCGAGUCAUUCAGAAGCAUGGCUGAAAUACUAAUUUGGGGUGACCAAAACAGUCCAGCUAUAUUCGAAUAUUUUUUAGAAAAUAACAUGUUCAACUUUUUUUUACAAAUACUUGGUCAAAAAUGUGGAAACUAUGUUUGUGUUCAACUGCUACAAACACUAAAUAUUAUAUUUGAAAAUAUAAGAAACAUGACUGCAUUAUAUUAUUUGCUCAGCAAUAAUCAUGUUAAUUCAAUUAUCAUAAACAAGUUGGAUUUCUCAGACGAGGACGUAUUGGCGUAUUACAUAUCUUUUUUAAAAACAUUGUCUUUUAAACUCAACUUAAAUACCAUACAUUUUUUUUACAAUGAGUCUACAAAUGACUUUCCUUUGUACACAGAAGCAAUCAAAUUUUUCAACCACCCUGACUCAAUGAUACGCACUUACGUUCGUACGUUGACGCUAAAUGUUUAUAAAGUCGAAGACAAAAGCAUGUUACGAUUUAUCCGGGAUAAGACGUGUGCUCCUUAUUUUGGAAAUUUGGUAUGGUUUAUGGGAAAACAUGUAUUAGAACUGGAUGCAAGUGCCAGGGCUAAGCCAGUCGAUGUAGAUACACAAAAAACAAUACAAGAUCAGUACAGGGUAAAACUCGCAGAUCUAGUUAGUUCUCAUAUAGAUGAUUUGCACUAUUUAAAUGAUAUUUUGAGCUUACAAGUUGAAAUGCUGAACGAGGUCCUCGUUGAACAUUUAAUGGAAAAGCUUUUUAUACCAUACUACAUUCAUUCUUUAGCACCUCCUGACAAAUAUAUUAUUGUGGAAACUGAAGAAUUUGUGGACGCUGUGAAACAACAACCAUUAAUGAACGGCGAUAUUUGUUUAUUUCUACUGACUCAAGUAUUUUUGAUAAUUCAUCAAGAGAAAUUAGUUGCGCCGUUGGCUAAAUUUUUAUUAGACAGUCAUUUCCAUAUUAUGUGUCAAACUGUUCAAGAACCUAAAUUACAAGAUGAAGCGUCAGUGGCAUUGCUGGAUAACAAUUCAGAAAAAGAUACAAAAUUGGAAAGUAAUUCAUCUGAAUCUGAUGUACAACAACUGAAAUUAUUUGCGUGCAUGAAUAUCACAGAUGAAGAAAAAGAAAUCCGAAUGACUAAAACUGAAGGUCCUUCACGUAGCAAAUGUUUGGAAUCUAUAUAUAGCCAACUUGAAGUAGAGAAAUCUGAUAGUUCUGCAUUAUUUGGAAUAUGCCUUUUGUAUGCGUUAUCGCAAAAUACCGGUGUUUCCAAAGAACUGUACGAAGGGUUUUUAACGCCAGGUCAUCUUAGUGAAGAAUCUUCUAUGUUGUUUGUACAUCGAGAUGAAAAAGAAGAACUUAUUGAUAAGUUGGUGAAUAUAAUUUCAGUAUCGUCUGAAUCGAGUUGUUAUGUGCGUUCGGUAACAUUGGAGAUGGCUAUUAAAUUACUUAAGGAAAUUACCAUAGAAGAAAAACAAACAUUCCUAUCUGAUAAACAUGUCGCUACUAUUUUUAACGCCAAAGAAAAAAUUCUACCUAUUCUUCGGCAAUAUUUCAAAAAAGAAGAAAUGUUUUUAGAAUUGUUUGAAGAUGAAUACAAUGAAAUGCAUAGAGAUAAACUCGAUGUUCAGCGACUCAUGAGUGACUCAACAUUAUUACUUCCUCCUGCUCACUCACCGAUGACAGGAAUACCAUUAUCCAAAAGGCUACCUUGUGGUGACGUUGAAAGAACAAGACAUUUUAUAUGUGCAUUUCUUUUAAUAAGAGAAUUAUUGAUGACCUACGAAGGAAAAGAAGAAACUCAACUACCCCUAGUGGAUAGAACCAAGUGUUUUACAUUUGACACUCCGAUUAACUUGAAUGGCAAUGAUUUGAUAACGUGUAUGCUGAUAGCCGAAAAUGGCGCGAAAACUAGAAGGUAUCUAUCGAUUAUUAGCAGUCAAUUAGUGCUUGUCGAACCACAUAGUAGAUUUCUCGGUUGGGGUGUUUGUAAACUUUCGUGUUAUCUUCAAGACGCUGAAGUUACCAAAAUUGACAAUGAAACAAAGACACUACAUAUUACAAUGCAUGGUGCAAAGUUCAGAAUUUCUCAAACUGUGAAGUUAAUGUUUGAUGAUCAUAUUCGAUGUAAUGCCGCCAGACAAAAAUUGUUAAAUGGCCGUGUCAAAGCAAGGCGAAAACAACUCGGCCAGAUAGCCAAUUUAUUGGAAAUGGCUAGUUGCGAGACAAACUACGCCCCUUGCAAUUCUGUUCCAAAAUCAAAACACGGACAUGGGCUAAAAAGUCAUUUCACAGAAGUGGCGGUACAUACAUCAGGUGUUAUUCCACCAUACUCAAUUUCAAUGAGCUCCACUGGUGAUGACUAUAGCGCCGAAUCGAACUGUAGUAGUAUUGCACACUCCAGAGAUCAGUCCCCGAGCACUAAAGGAUAUAAUGAGCAAGAUAGUUCUAGUUCUCGAAAGUCUUCAUUAGUUUCACAACAAGAAAAAAAUAAACCUAAACGAAAAGGCAGAGUGGAAACAGUAUAAUUUAAUGUUAUUAUCUCGUUAUUGAAAAAAGUAUUAUACAGUUUUUUCUAGGAUAAUUCGCCGUGGUCAAUAUUGAUGUUAACUAGUAUUUUGUUUUAUGUUUAAAAAAAUUAGGAGUAAAAAUAAUAUGCUGUAUAAUAUAUUAUUCAAAUUCCUAAUUUAUAUCUGUGGUAGAAUGUUAUUUUUAUUUGUUUACUUACUGUUAA